UAAAACUACAACUUCAAACUCUUGAAAUACAUAUUUUUUGUGUUUUAGAAUUUUAGUUCUUUUAGCCAUACUUUAGUUUUCAUAUUGCCGGUUGGUAGUAGAGUACUUGACUGUGGUGUUUGGUGUAAAAGAAAACACAAAAAUUUAUAGUAAAAGUGCUAAAAUCAUGACAAAACUACUACAAAAACUUAUUUGUCUUGUAUUCAUUAAUUUGGGACUCUUAAGCUGUGUUACUGUGGCCAAUAACUGUGCGGGUUGUUUGGAUUUGGAUGAUAUUAACUUUGAUAAAACCCUUAAACGUUUUCCCUAUGCUUUGGUUAAGUUUGAUAUUGCUUUUCCUUAUGGUGAAAAACAUGAAGCAUUUUCAGCCUUUUCCAAAGUGGCCCACUCUGUGACCGAUGACCUGUUAAUUGCCACUGUGGGCAUUAAAGAUUAUGGCGACAAUGAGAACAAAAAGCUGGGCGAACGUUUCAAUGUCGAUGACAAAAACUAUCCCGCCAUAUUUCUGUUUCGCAAUGGUGAGCAGAAGCCCAUACCGCUGCCUUCACACAUGGAUGUUACGUUGGAUAAUCUAAAGGCUUUCAUCAGUUCCAAUACCGAUUUGUAUAUCGGCCGUGAGGGCUGCUUAAAGGAUUUCAAUGAUUUGGCUAAGAACUUUGCCAACCUGGAAGACUCACAGCAACUGGAACGUUUGGCUUUAAGUAAGCAAUCGGGAGAGAGUUUAUCAAGAGACAACGAGAAGUCUAGUGCUAAAAUCUAUUACACCUUUAUGGAAAAAAUCAUGAAAAAUGGUUACAAGUUUGUGGAGGAAGAAACAAAACGUUUGCUACGUUUAAAGGCGGGUAAAGUAUCGGAUGCUAAAAAAGCUGAAUUAAAAAUUAAGUUAAAUAUCUUAGAAUCAUUUCGUGUGAAUAAAUUAACAAAAGAAGAAUUGUAAAAAAA